GCCCUGGCGGAAGGGGCGGUGUCGGCGCGGCGGAGUGACGUCAUCACCCCGCGACGGAGAAAGGGGGGGGGGGCAUGGCGGCCGCCAGGACGUUCAGGAAGCGCCGGGAGGAGCCCGAGGAGGAUGAGGAGGACGAGGAGCUGGCCAGGGAGGUCAGGUUAAAACUCGAGGAAGCCAAAGAAGUGCAGAGCCUCAGGAAGCGACCCAAUGGGGUGAGCGCUGUAGCUCUGCUUGUGGGAGAGAAGCUGCAAGAAGAAGCGACGCUUGUGGAUGACCCAUUUAAGAUAAAAUCUGGGGGGAUGGUGGACAUGAAGAAACUGAAAGAACGAGGCAAGGACAGGAUUAAUGAAGAGGAAGAUCUCAACUUGGGAACCUCCUUCUCGGCUGAGACCAACAGGCGAGAUGAAGAUGCUGACAUGAUGAAGUACAUUGAGACAGAGCUGAAGAAGAGGAAAGGAAUUGUGGAGAAUGAGGAGCAGAAGGUGAAGCUUAAGAAUGCUGAGGACUCUCUGUAUGAGCUGCCAGAGAACAUCCGUGUCUCUUCUGCCAAGAAGACUGAAGAGAUGCUGUCCAACCAGAUGCUAAGCGGCAUCCCUGAAGUGGAUCUGGGAAUCGAUGCAAAAAUUAAAAACAUCAUCUCAACUGAAGAGGCAAAGGCCAAGCUGCUGGCAGAGCAGCAGAACAAAAAGAAAGACAGCGAAACUUCCUUUGUUCCUACGAACAUGGCUGUGAACUAUGUCCAGCACAACAGAUUUUAUCAUGAGGAGCUAAAUGCACCAGUGAGAAGAAAUAAAGAAGAGCCAAAGCCCCGUCCUCUGAGAGUGGGGGAUACAGAGAGGCCAGAACCUGAGCGGUCUCCUCCAAAUCGCAAACGUCCACCCAAUGAAAAAGCAACCGACGAUUAUCACUAUGAGAAAUUCAAGAAGAUGAACAGGCGAUACUAAUGAACGUGGACUGAAGUCUUUGCAGAAGUUCUUGUUUUCUGCUAAUAAAGAAUUCUGUGUCAGUGUCCUGAAACGGAGGUGGAGAGAGUCACUGCCUUCGCGUGCUGGUGUUAACUACAAACCUUUUCUUGUGAUCUUGUAGUGAAUCAGUUUGCAGGUGGUUGUGAACUCUGGUCGGUAAAAUUGUGUAUAUAAUUUAUUUUCUGUUAUAAAACUUCUUUUAUAAAAA